UAAUAAACAGAAAAAUAAACCAUUAUGUAGCUAAAAAUUGCCCACUUACAUUUUACAUUAUAGUACUACUUCUCUACUCUCUCUCUCUCUCUUUCUUUCUUUCUUUCUCGACCAGACUAGUCCCAUCCUCAUCUUAAUUUUUAGAUUUUUGUACACAUUCUAUUUCCCUUCUCUCUAAAUAAUAAUAAUAAUAAUAAAAAAAAGCAUCUUUCUCUUCUUUCUCUAACCCCAUUUUCUUUUCUCUUUUCCCCUUUCUUCUUCUUCUUCUUCUUCUUCAUCAUAUAGACACAAAACUGAAUUUAGAUAUUUGUGAAGAAAGAUUAUAAAUCAAAGAAAUGUCACUGGAUAUGAUGGCAUCAGAACGUGUUUGUUAUGUUCACUGCAACUUCUGCAACACCAUUUUAGCGGUAAGUGUUCCAUGCAACAGCAUGUUCACACUGGUGACUGUGAGAUGUGGGCAUUGUUCAAAUCUGCUGUCUGUAAACAUGGGAGCUUCUCUUCAAGUUGUUCCUCCUCAAGAUUCCCAACAGGGCCAUAAACAGCAGCAGGUGAAUGCUGGGGAUUCAAGCAAGGACAGAGCUUCUUCUUCUUCUUCUUCUAAAUGCACUAAAAUUGGCUCUCUUGAUUCUGCUGAACGUGACCAACAUAGAAUCCCUCCUAUUCGCCCACCAGAGAAGAGACAGCGUGUUCCUUCGGCGUAUAAUAGGUUCAUCAAAGAGGAAAUCCAAAGGAUUAAGGCUAAGAAUCCUGACAUAAGCCACAGAGAAGCCUUUAGCACGGCAGCUAAAAAUUGGGCACAUUUUCCUCACAUCCACUUUGGGCUGAAGCUGGAUGGAAAUAAGCAAACAAAAUAAGUUUGAAUUUGACCAGAAAUCAUCACAGUCCAUCCAAACUGUCCAAUGGGGUUCUGCCACCUGUUAAUUCUCUAAAGUUGAUGAUGAUGUGUCAAUAGAUCAUAAAAUACUAAUAAAACACCCCUUUUUUAAAAAUUAAUGUGUAUUAAUUUAGAUGCUAUUAUUAAAUUCCAACAAAAAAUGAGGUUGAUGAUCAAGUACUCCUGCCCUGACCCCUCACGUUCUCUAUAGGAAAGGAAAUUACUUUGAUAACCUCACCCCCCCCCAUUGUCCUUUAUUUAUUAAUAGGUGUGAUGUGAUUUUAUUCCCCUCUCUCCUUGUUAACAAGUGAGAUUAAUGAAUGAUAUUACCAUAUUUAUAAA